AUGGCCGUCCAGCAGAAUCCCGGCGAGGAGUGUACCGUCCUGCACAUGCUCGGAAGAAAGGAGCUGAUGUACAAGCUCAAAUAUUCGCCGGUGUACUUCCCUGUAGUCGGCUAUGGUCCAUGUCCCGGUAUCGCGUCACAAGCUUUCGUUUCGACGCCUCCGCUUGGCGAUAGAGAAGUUCUUGCCCACUUCGGGAUUCCCAACACCGAUGGCCCCAAACAAAAGCAUUGGAUACUCCCGCGCGCGUCUCCUCGCUGGCUCUUUGUCAAGAUCACCGACGAGGAGGGCAACUAUGGAUGGGGCGAGGCCAUUCUCGAGGACCAUAUUCAGGCGGUCGAGGGGUGCCUCAAGUUCCACAAGAGCCAGUUCACCGCCGGCAUGGACGCCGAAAGUGCCGUCUUCAUGAGCGCCCUGUCUGGCGUCGAUUGCGCUAUGAGGCCUCAAGGCCCGACGUCUCUCGCGUGGGGGGUUAUCUCGGAGAUGCGCCGCAUCGCGGCCAUGUGCGAGGCCUACGACGUCUCGACAGCGACCAGCGUCCCAGGUCGCCACUCCAUGCCCAACUUUUACGUCCGGGAGAUGAUCCUCGGUAUCCACUACAACGCCUUGCUCGGCGGCGAGGACCUCACGACCUACAUCAGAAACCCGAACGGUGGAGCCCCGUCGACGGCUGCAUCGACAUCCGGAGGGGUCCUGGUCUGUGGAUCGAGACGGACGAGGAAAAGGUGCACGCGCUGUCGAAGAAUUGCGAGAUCUGGGUCACGCCGAGCUUCAACGGCCCAAGCGGGGAGAUCCGAGAGCGGUGAAUUGCGAUCGAGGGAUGCGUACGUAUGGCGUAUUUCUCAUACUGUAGUUCGGGUCUCGAGAGAUGAAGACUUUCGGUAA